AUCGGACCAGGGAUCGAACCUGCGUCCCCUGCAUUGGAAGGCAGAUUCUUAACCACUGGACCACCAGGGAAGUCCCAGAAUCCACCUCUUUUUGAUGUAGCGGAACCAAAUCCAGCAUGGUCACCAAAGGCCCAUGUCCCUGUGCUGCUCUUUAUCUACACCUCCAUCAUUGCUCUUAGACUAUUGACAGCAACUUAAAGGCCUGUACUCUAGAUUCAAACUGCAUGCAUUCGUAUCCUGGCUCUGCCACUUCCUGGCUGAGUAAGGUUUGGUCAUUUAUUUAAGUUCUCUGCGCCUCAGUUUCAUAAUCUGUACAAUGAUGAUAAAAAUAUUUGCCUCUAGGUUUGUUGUAAUGCUUCAAUGAGAUAUUCUAAUGCAAAGCACUUUAAACAGUUACUUAUUAUUUUUUUCCUCUUCUACAAUAACAUGUACAACUUUGGAAUAAGGAGAAGUAGUGGAAACUUUUUUUAAAGGCUUGGUUACUGCCAUUUCACCUGGACCUGGAAGACUUGUUUUUUGGGUAAAGAAAUGUUUUCCCUGUGUGAAGGUUUCAUAACCACAGUCAAGCAGGCCCAUGAGCCCUGCCAUUUAAAGUGGCUCCUCUCUUGUACCUAUGACACUCAUACCUACACCCUGGGAAUGAGGACAGUGGUCCAGCUCCUGAGAUUCUACAGGAUAACCACUAAAGUCUCUUUGAAUUCUAUGCAAUGAUACAUGGCUAUGGGUGACCAGAACUUGAGAUGGACACUCGCUGAAUUUCAUACCAUGUGGUGGCAUUCUGAUUUCCUUGUGACCUUGACCAAGCUUUGAACAGGUAAGUGAAAGGGAUGGAGGCCCACCGUGAAGUUAGUCAUAGAACCAGUGUUUAGCACGAUCAUCUGAGAAAGAGAAAAGGAGCCUUUUAAAGUUUUUCCAAGUUAAAUCAGGAGAGUUAACUUGUGGAGUGGAGGGUGGUCUCAUAAUUUUAAAAAUUGGCCCUGGAAAUUAAAAUUUAUCAGAAAAAAAUGAAUUCUGUAGAGACAAGGGCAAAAUUGUUUAUUUAGGAAGGGAAAAUGUUACCCAAAUAGAGUUUCUGUGAAUAUGAGUGUAAAAUAAAAAGGAAGGAGAGAGAAGUGACUUAAUGGAAUUGUCUCUAAAACGUGUAAGUCCCAACAUUACCCCCGGGACCCCUAAUUCUAGAGUUCGUUGGUCACUGUAAAAUCAUAACACCUUCAGUGUAUCUUUAACAGAUUUUAAGGAACAUACUAAGCAAAUGGACAAGUUUUGAUUUGGCCAUAAAAUGUGAGAGCUAUGAUUCUCUAGGAUUAAUGAAUAACAUUUGUUUAUUUGAUUUCCUUUAGGAAAUCAUUCUAAAAUCUGUUUACAUAUCUGUCCUCUCCAGGAUGAAUUUUGUGUUGGUUCAGCAGAUUGUUUACUGCUUUUUCUUCUUCUUCCUUUUUUUUUUUUUUUUUUUAUCUUCCUGCUCAGUGCCCAACCCAAGUUCAAAGGCUGAUGAGAGAGAAAAUCUCAUGAGGAGUUUUUACUCUAGGGAAGUUGUUCAGUGGAUGGGAUCUUGGCGCACAGAGCAAGAUGUCAGGCUCUUUCUGGCUCCUUCUCAGCCUUGUUGCUGUAACGGCUGCUCAAUCCGCCACUGAGGAACGGGCCAAGACAUUUUUGCAGAAGUUUGACCGUGAAGCUGAAGACCUGUCUUAUCAAAGUUCACUUGCUUCUUGGAAUUAUAACACCAAUAUUACCGAUGAGAAUGUCCAAAAGAUGAAUGCAGCCGGGGCCAAAUGGUCUGCCUUUUAUGAAGAACAAUCCAGGAUUGCCAAAACUUAUCCACUAGAAGAAAUUCGGAAUCUCACACUCAAGCGUCAAUUGCAGGUCCUUCAGCAGAGUGGGACCUCAGUGCUCUCAGCAGACAAGAGCAAACGAUUGAACGCAAUUCUAAGUACAAUGAGCACCAUCUACAGUAGUGGGAAAGUUUUGGACCCAAAUACACAAGAGUGCUUAGUACUUGAACCAGGUUUGGAUGACAUAAUGGAAAACAGCAAAGACUACAAUCGGAGACUCUGGGCUUGGGAAGGCUGGAGGGCUGAGGUCGGCAAGCAGCUGAGGCCAUUAUAUGAAGAGUAUGUGGUCCUGGAAAACGAGAUGGCCAGAGCCAACAAUUAUGAGGACUAUGGGGACUAUUGGAGAGGAGAUUAUGAAGUGACGGGGGCAGGUGACUAUGACUACAGCCGCGACCAGUUGAUCACAGAUGUGGAACGUACCUUUGCAGAGAUUAAACCAUUAUAUGAACAACUUCACGCUUAUGUGAGGGCAAAGUUGAUGGAUGCCUACCCUUCCCGUAUCAGUCCGACUGGAUGCCUCCCUGCCCAUUUGCUUGGUGAUAUGUGGGGGAGAUUUUGGACAAAUCUGUACCCUUUGACAGUCCCCUUUGGAGAGAGACCGAGCAUAGAUGUUACCAAAGAAAUGCAGAACCAGUCCUGGGAUGCAAAGAGGAUAUUCAAGGAGGCUGAGAAGUUCUUUGUGUCUAUUGGCCUUCCUAAUAUGACUCAAGGAUUCUGGGAUAACUCCAUGCUAACUGAGCCAGGCGAUGGCCGGAAAGUGGUCUGCCACCCCACAGCAUGGGACCUGGGGAAGGGUGACUUCAGGAUCAAAAUGUGCACAAAGGUGACGAUGGAUGACUUCCUGACAGCCCAUCACGAGAUGGGGCACAUCCAGUAUGACAUGGCGUAUGCCACACAGCCCUACCUGUUCAGAAAUGGAGCUAAUGAAGGUUUCCAUGAAGCUGUUGGGGAAAUCAUGUCACUUUCUGCAGCUACACCUCACUAUCUGAAAGCCCUUGGUCUUCUGCCCCCUGAUUUUUAUGAAGACAGUGCAACAGAAAUAAACUUCCUGCUCAAACAAGCACUUACUAUUGUUGGAACUCUACCGUUUACCUACAUGUUAGAAAAGUGGAGGUGGAUGGUCUUUAAGGGUGAAAUACCCAAAGAGCAGUGGAUGCAAAAGUGGUGGGAGAUGAAGCGAGAGAUAGUCGGGGUGGUGGAGCCUCUGCCCCAUGAUGAAACAUACUGUGACCCCGCGUGUCUGUUCCAUGUUGCUGAAGAUUACUCAUUCAUCCGAUAUUACACAAGGACCAUUUAUCAAUUCCAGUUUCAUGAAGCCCUUUGUCAAACAGCUAAACAUGAAGGUCCCCUGUACAAAUGUGAUAUCUCGAAUUCCACCGAAGCUGGGCAGAGGCUGCUCCAAAUGCUGCACCUUGGAAAAUCAGAACCCUGGACCUCAGCAUUGGAACGUAUUGUGGGAGUAAAGACUAUGGACGUAAAACCACUGCUCAACUACUUUGAGCCGUUGUUGACCUGGCUGAAAGAGCAGAACAGGAAUUCAUUUGUGGGAUGGAGAACAGACUGGACUCCAUAUUCUAACCAAAGCAUCAAAGUGAGGAUAAGCCUCAAAUCAGCUCUUGGAGAAAAAGCUUACGAAUGGAAUGACAGUGAAAUGUACUUGUUCCGGUCAUCUGUUGCGUACGCCAUGAGAGAGUAUUUUUCAAAAGUCAGAAACAAGACCAUUCCUUUUGGGGAGAAGGACGUGUGGGUGAGUGACUUGAAGCCAAGAAUCUCCUUCAACUUCUUUGUCACUUCACCUAAAAAUAUGUCUGACAUCAUUCCUAGAACUGAAGUUGAAGAGGCCAUCAGGAUGUCCCGGGGCCGUAUCAAUGAUGCUUUCCGCCUGGAUGACAGCAGCCUGGAGUUUCUGGGGGUUCAGCCGACGCUGGCACCCCCUUACGAGCCACCUGUCACCGUAUGGCUGAUUAUCUUUGGGGUCGUGAUGGGAGUGGUAGUAAUUGGUAUUGUUGUGCUCAUCUUCACUGGCAUCAGAGAUCGAAGAAAGAAAAAUCAAGCAAGCAGUGAAGAAAAUCCUUAUGGCUCCGUGGGCUUGAGUAAAGGAGAAAAUAAUCCAGGAUUCCAAAAUAGUGAUGAUGUUCAGACUUCGUUUUAGAAAAAUCUCUUUUAUUUCCUCUUGAGGUGAUCUUAUUGUAUGUAAAUGUUAAUUUCACAGUACAGAACAUAGGAGAUUAUAAGGAUGUCAUUAAAUGUCAAAGCUGUGUCUCUGUUCAGGAAAAGUUGUCCAAAGAAGACAUGCCUGAGGAGAGGGCAUCUUCACUUGCAUCGCCUUUAGUAUUUGUUUCUGCCUCGGGAUUUGACUUCUCUGUUUCCUGAAAGAGGUGUUUCUAUGUUUCUCUAAGAGAAUAGAGAAAGUUUGUCUUUUGCCUCACACGCUGUUCAGGGGUAAUAGAAAUGGAAAUGUCCGUUGUGUUGCUGGAGUUGAAAAGAAAGGAGACGUGGCAGGAGCAGGUGUUGGGCUCUGGUGUGGAACCUGGGUGGAUCACUCUUAAAGACGGUGCCUGUGAACACACGGAGCUGCAGGGAUGGAGAACAGCACGCACUGUUCACUUGGAUUGAAUUCAAGUGUAAAGGAUGUCAUGCUCUCUUCACAUUAACUUGAUCUAAGUACUCUAGUGAUUUCCCCCAGUGAUGAUUGGACUGGAACAUGCCUUCUUCAGGGUGACAGGGCUACAGAAGAGAGAAGAAUCCAGAGAGCCAUUGGAGGACAUUGCCUUCUCACUUCCAAGCUGCCUGAUCACCAUCUUCCUGACAACAUCAAACUAGCCCCAGGGGCCUCUGUGAACCCCCCUCCGGAGCACCCGUGAUAGAAACUCGCUUCCGCUGCUCUCUAACCGUGGAGUGCAUGGAGAUCCCAACUGAAUGCCACCCUCUGAAGUGGGCUGCCAAUCUCUUAAAUCUUUUGUAUUUGCCCACAAUGUCUGAGUAGUGCUGAGCACGAAGCAGACACUCAGUAAAUACUCGAUUUACACACUCGUGUGGUCUUAUGUGUGCUCUGUGCUCGGGUUUCUGUGGCUUCAGUCUGCUUUUCACUUCCAGGGACAAAGUUGCCAUCUGACUGUCCAGGACUCUUGACCUCCCAUAUGUCUUGGAAUGUAUCCCAAUGCCUUCAGUUGCUUUAUAUUUCUUGUAUAAAUCAAUUAUAAAAUCAGUCGAAAAAGAGUUGUGUUAGAGCGUCUACACCAUCAGGUUAGGAACCAAAGCUGGUAAUGCUUUUAUAUAUCUCAGAGCCCCCAGCCCAGUUCUGAGCACAGCAUCCAAUACAGACCUGAAAACUGAUUUAAAAUGGAUUAAAUAGGUGGAAAUAUCCAAACUCUACCCAUCAAUUCACUUUACGCAGUGACCAGCAUACUGUUAGAGUAACUUUGUCAAGUAAGGAGAACUAGCAGCUCCUGCUCAAAAGACCCGAAUUUCCGGAUGGCUCUUAGGGAAGGGCUUCUAAAGGCAACAUUAGGGGUGAGGGUCGUAGGGGACCUGAUCAGCUUGUGGACAUUCUUCUCAUUGAUUGGUGGUGAGGUAAUUGGGUGGUAUUUCUGGAGUCAGCAUCAUCAACCUUCUGGUUUUAACCAGUCUGGGGUCUACUUGUGGUCAGGAUGCAGUUAAGUUCUUCCACCUGGUGGGGGUUUUAGUAUCUGCAAAACAGCUCAAGGAUACGGCUCAGGAUAUUAUCUGUAGCCCUUGAGGAGGAACUAAAGGUCCUUGACUUUGAUUUAUGGCUAAACUAUUCCUGUCUUGAUUGACUGUUUUUCCUUGUUCCUGCAUUUUCUCAUUUCUCUUAUUAAAUUUGCUCUUUGGAACUUGGGGAAGGCCUAGGGAGCUAAAGAUUUUCUACAAACAAGAGGCAGGGGGAGGGGUCAUGUUCCCGGGAAGGUCCCAUAGAGUCCUGCUGAGCUUCAUUUUUUAGAAGAUCAAAUAUGUAAAAAUAAGAAGAAAGGAAAACAGCUUUCAGGGGGGGGGGGGGGGGGACCAGGAAGACCUAGUUUGGGCGUGAGAAAUCUUUCUCGGGGGGCUUUAACAGUCUGUGGUGCAAAUCUCUGGUGGACGGAAUCAGAGCAGCACAUUUCAUUAUAUAUUGAGAUUUUCAUACCGUGGUAAAAAAAAAAAAUAGAAGACUAUUAUCAUAAGUCGAUUCUGCUGAAAAUAAAGGAAUCAUUAUUUAAAUGUCAAGAGACAAA